AGUUGACAAGUUGACAUUCUCUUUCAGUUUGGAGCGUUUGGUUGUUGAGUGCGGUUCAUGUGGUUUUUCCAGCGUUUUCCAGCGAAAAACCGUAAUGUUUGCGGUCUUAAUCGAAUGUGAAUGAUUCGCUGUGUAUAAGUCAAAAAGUGAAAUGCACGAUGGCAGUGAUGGUUCCUACUAUAAACGGACACAUUCAGAACCAUCUAACCAGGUCUUUGGAGCGGAUUUUAGAGGAGGCGAACCAGAGCGGCGACCUCAAAUUGAGCAAUAGGAAGUUGAAGGACUUCCCUAAAGCCAAGGAGAAGUACAACCUAAGCGAUACUGUAACUGCAGAUUCUUUUGGUAUCAAACAACCGGCUCGCAGCCCUGCCAGAUGAUUUAUACAAAAUGUCGCAUCUGACCGAGCUGGACGCGUCCUGCAAUCAAAUCACACAUUUCCCGCCGCGCAUGGGCGAGUUACGCGCCCUCCAAUCCCUAGUAUUACGUAGCAACCUCCUAUUGGCUGUGCCCAUCGAAGUAACGUACUUAAGACUGAUGCGAUUGGACCUGAGGGCCAAUCGGAUCGGCACUUUGCCGAUCGAGAUGCGCGAAAUGGACUGUCUGAUCGAUCUGCUGGUCGACGAGAAUCCACUCACCAGCCCGCCAGCCAGCUUGUGCAAGCGAGGCCGAGUGCACAUUUUCAAGUACUUGGAGACUGAGGCGAUGAAGAUCGCCAGUAAGACUGGCGGAGGCACGGGGACUUUGGGCAGACGGUCGAGAAAAGGGGGCGCCGGCUCGCCUGGGCCCCCUCACUUGGUCAAUCGGUUGAAGCAGAAGAGGCACAAUGUAGAUAGCGGGUACAGUACGAGUAGCGAUGGGUGUGAGAAGCGAUGGUCUCAAGAGUUAGCAGGCGAAGAAAAACAGUGGCCUUUGACGCCCAUCCUCGGCAGGACGGUGGACCAGUUGGGCGCGAGGUCUUCGACCACAUCGACACCUUCUACGAUCUCGCCAGCGCCUCCGGAGGCGAUUGAGGAGGAUUUUGCCAAAAACAACGACUUUGACAAGUUGGAUGGGCAACGAAAUGUUCGAGAGCUGCACAAUGUCCGUCUUAGCCCUUGCACUGACCCCCUUACUAACGGCAACGCCUCCGAUGAUAAGCCUAAGCUCCAGACUUACCGAGAGUACAAAGAAGCGUUGAAGCAGCAAAGGGCGCACGACGUGCCCUCCAUCUACCGCACAAAAGAGCAUGAGGAUCAAAGCUACAAGACGGAGCCCAACACUCCAACGCAUCAGCCGGCCAUGCAGAGCAUGGCCAGUUCGAAGUCGGACCCCACGCCCCUCAAUUCGGCCUUCAGCAGCCCCAAGCGUGUGUUUGAUGACACCAGCAUGACCAGGAAACCCGUGCAAAAAGUCCAACCGAGCAGGAACAGCAGUUUUUCGCCCGGACAUUCGUUCAGCAAUGGGAACAGUUUGGAAAAGCCGCGACUGAUCCACGAGUACGUAAAGCCCAAGUCGCCCAGCAAAGCCUCCACCGGGAUUAUGUCGCAUGAUAACGUGCCAAUCAGUAACGCUGCCUCUGUGAUUUUAAACGGGAAGAGCAUGAGCCCCAGACUGUCCGCGAGUAGUUUCGUCAAUGGAAAUGGCACGCCCAAGGGAACCAAUGGGAUGAAAACCCCCAGGAACAUCAGCUGGACGAAGGAGACCACCGAAAAGAUGAGCUUCACCAUGAGGAGGGAGAUAGACAAGGCCAGGGAGGAGACUGAGUUGAUUCACCAGUUGAGGAAUAUAAUAGAGACUCGACUAAAAAUGGCGCUACCGGAGGAUUUGGCCUCGGCCCUAACGGAUGGCGUGGUUCUUUGCCAUUUGGCCAAUCACAUCAAGCCCAGAUCUGUGGCGAGCAUUCAUGUUCCGUCGCCUGCAGUUCCUAAACUCACCAUGGCCCGAUGCAGACGAAACGUGGACAAUUUCAUCGAAGCCUGCCGCAAAAUCGGCGUAGACGAGAAUCUGGUUUGCUGUUCGGCUGAUGUUCUCGAAGGCAAAGGACUAGUUCAAGUGGCGAUCACUGUGACCGAAUUGCUGCGCUUUUACGGCCCGAGAUCUCCCCUGCAUGCAAGUGCAGUCUCAGUGGUGGUUUGAGACCAAAACGAGCUUCAUGUUCAGUUAGUCGGUUUAUUUUUAUACGAAACAUAUCCCGCGGACAAGACGUUGUACAAAUCGCACUUACCCUUGUAUUUAUUCAACUCCUAAGCGCUACUUAUAUAUAUAUGAAGGUUUCUACGCGUGUCGCGCCCGACAAUAAUAUAAUCCCACGUUACUUCUUGCACUGUUCAGCUCAAUUUUGUCGUUUUUCUGUUGUUUUUCUAAAAUUCACUAAAACAAGUGCCAAAGAUUACAUUUAACUGUAGACUAGUGGUCGGUUUAGUUUAAUGAAAAAAUGUGGGGGGUUUCGAGUGGAUGGUGGCAGGAGUUAGGGAAAAACAGGCACGUAAUACUUAAGGGAGAGUGAGGGACUUAAAGCGAUGCCAUCGAGCUCCUUUACUGCGGUGUUUCAGUUGUGAUAUAGAUUUCUUUUUGUGAUACUGUAAGCUGUCGCUCUAGAUCUUCUCCCUAGACUAUCUACUAACUACUCGCUUUUGUUUGUGCGCCCCAAACUGCUGAAAUGUCGGUCAACGUAAAUGCAGACUUUGUGUUCAGUUCUUGUGUUAUUUUACCCAAUUAAUUAACAAAACAGUAUCUCUAGUCAACUCAGAUCAAUAAAGAUUUUUUACGCACUUUGUAA